CACAGCCGUGCCUGGGACAAAUCAGACCGGUCGUUGUGUCAGGAACAUGGCGACUUUCAGCAAAUAUUUGACAGCCAAGAACUCCACUAUAGCGGGCGGCAUUUUGUUGGUUUUAUACCUGUUAAAGAACAGAAGUCGGUCGACUAAACGACACAGUAGCAAAGGAGGCUCUCAGGUUGCAUUGAACACAGAGAAAGAUGGGAAAAAAGACAAAGCAGCAGUGGAUAAGGUUUUCUUCCUUAGGAUCCUUCGGAUUCUGCGGAUCAUGGUGCCUCAAGUUUUCUGCAUGGAGACCGCCUACCUUGUCCUCAUCGCCACCAUGUUGGUGACCAGAACCUACUGUGAUGUCUGGAUGAUCCAGAACGGUACCAUGAUUGAAAGUGCAAUUAUUGGUCGCUCCACUAAAGAUUUCAAGAUCUACUUGUUCAGCUUUAUGAAAUUCAUGCCAGUUAUAGCUUUAGUGAACAACUUCCUGAAGUUGGGUCUAAAUGAGCUGAAGCUGAGGUUCCGUGAGAGGCUGACGAAGAAGCUGUACGACCAGUACCUGCAAGGUUUCACCUACUACAAAAUGGGAAACCUGGACAACCGGAUAGCCAAUGCAGACCAGUUACUGACCCAAGACGUGGAGAAGUUCUGCAACAGUGUGGUGGAUCUUUACUCCAACCUCAGCAAGCCUCUGUUAGACAUUGGUCUGUACAUCUUCAAGCUGACAAGUGCCAUUGGUGCCCAGGGCCCAACCAUCAUGAUGACCUACCUGCUGAUCUCAGGUCUGUUCCUGACCAGACUGAGGAGGCCCAUCGGCAAAAUGACGGUCACUGAGCAGCGCUUCGAGGGAGAGUAUCGCUAUGUCAACUCUCGCCUCAUCACCAACAGUGAGGAGAUUGCCUUCUACAACGGAAACAUGAGGGAAAAACAGACCAUUCACACCACAUUCAAGAAACUGGUUGACCACUUGCACAGCUUCAUCUUUUUCCGCUUCUCCAUGGGAUUCAUUGACAGCAUGAUUGCAAAGUACUUUGCCACCGUGGUGGGCUACCUGGUGGUCAGCCGGCCUUUCCUGACCCCGGCCCACCCCAGACACCUGCACAGCACACACUCUGAGCUGCUUGAGGACUACUACCAGAGCGGGAGGAUGCUGCUGAGAAUGUCCCAGGCCCUCGGCAGGAUUGUACUGGCUGGCAGAGAGAUGACCCGUCUGUCUGGAUUCACUGCUCGAAUCACUGAACUCAUGAUGGUUCUGAAGGAGCUGAAUUCUGGCAGAUACGAACGCACCAUGGUUUCCCAGCAGGAGAAGGAAGCAGAGACAGCGGAGAAAAGCAUGCUGGUACCUGGAAGAGGUCAAAUAAUCAACAAGGACAAUGUCAUUAAAUUUGACCAUACUCCACUUGUAACCCCCAACGGAGACAUGCUGAUCAAAGACCUCACAUUUGAGGUGAAAUCUGGCACCAACGUUCUGGUGUGUGGACCAAACGGUUGUGGAAAAAGCUCCUUGUUUAGAGUUCUUGGAGAGUUGUGGCCUCUGUUUGGUGGACACCUGACAAAGCCUGAGAGGGGGAAGCUCUUCUAUGUCCCACAGAGACCCUACAUGACUUUGGGCUCUCUAAGGGACCAAGUCAUCUACCCUGACACCCAAGAAGAUCAGAGGAAGAAAGGCAUCUCCGAUCAGGUGUUGAAAGAGUAUCUGGACAACGUCCAGCUGGGUCAUAUCCUCGACAGGGAGGGCAGCUGGGAUUCGGUCCAGGACUGGAUGGAUGUUCUCAGUGGAGGAGAAAAGCAGAGGAUGGCAAUGGCCAGACUGUUCUACCACAAGCCCCAGUUUGCCAUCUUGGAUGAGUGCACCAGUGCAGUGAGUGUUGAUGUGGAGGACUACAUCUACAGCCACUGCAGAACGGUGGGAAUCACCUUGUUCACAGUGUCCCACAGGAAGUCCCUGUGGAAACACCACGAGUAUUAUCUCCACAUGGAUGGGAGGGGUCACUACGAGUUCAAGCCCAUCACAGAGGAGACGGUAGAGUUCGGCUCCUAACUGGCUGCUGACGUCAGCCAUGCACGCACAGCUCUGUUAAAAACCAGUCCGUUCAUUCUUUGCACUUGAGAUAGAACCUGUAGCCAAGGCAAGAAAACAUGUUUUUAAUCCUUUGUAAUUUAGCGCUGCUUCCUAUUUUUGUGUUAUUUGUUAGAUCACUUUAGUCCUGUCUGAUCUUUUUUUUUGUUUUUUUUUGCUGUGAUCAUAAAAAUGUCCGGGUUGCGUUUCACAUGCAAGACAUUGGAGUGAAACUGGAGAUAUUCUGUACUGUUUUUAACAUAUCUGACAGGUUUGGCUGGACAGAGAACUUUGACACCGCAGGGGUCUUAGAAUAUUAAUUGUGGAAACUAAGUGGGACCCCUCUAAGGUACGCCCUCAUUAAUGCUCCUUCCUGGUGCCAUUUAAUAUUAAACUCUUCACAGAAUCGUGUUCAGACCAGUCGUUGUAAAACUUGGUAACUGGGGGUUAAUUAUUAACGUCUUUUAAGAAGUUAGUUGGAUAAUUUGCACAUUUGUUACACUGUGUGUUGAGAGGCCAUCUUCAGGGGGAAAUGUUCACUUUUUUCUUUUUUUAGAUUAUGAUUAAAUGUGCAUAUAAAUGUUGGUCUGAAUGCCCUGCCUAGCCAUGGGAGGAGGGGAAAAAACAAACAAAUGUAUUAAUAUUUAAUUUUCCUACCUUUUAGAUUUGAUUAUAACCCACAUUUUCCAUUUCAUUGUUUCACCACAGUCACUUUGAUCCAGAGUUGUAAUAAAUAUUCCUCAAGAUCUUGAUGAAAUCGAUGAUUUGAGUCCGAUUACAGCCUGAACUCUCCUCCAGCAGAUUCUGCACAGGUCUCAUCCUCCAUAAACCAGAUAGAUUCAGACAGCAGAUGGAAAAACUGCUCAGACGCAGACCUGACCAAUCAAUCCAGGAGGUGCCUUUUUUAUUUAAAUUUUUUUUAUUUUUCCGUAAAUAAUCGGAUCUCUGGAGGGAUCUGGGACCUCUGAUUAUUUCCUGCCUGUCACAGCAUGCCUUUAACUCCAACAGUUGCUGCUGUAAGACGAGUUGCCCACAGCUAAGCUGUCCUCCAAGGUCUCGCUGUCCAUCAGAUGACCACAGUCCUAUCAGCCUGCUCCGAGGGCUGAACCAGGGCUGGUCCUAUUUCUAACCAUAACUCCAACAAUUUGUGUUGGUUUCACGCCGACUGCCCAUAAACCCGCCUCUGAAUGUCCAGCUAUCCUCAAUUUACCUUCUUCUUCAAGUUGAAGAGCAGAAGGUUCAAAGCUGACUCCCAAGCUGUUUAGUCUAAU